GAACCAAAAAUACAUUUUUUUGAAGCUAGAACAAAAAAUACUAAAAAAACAAAAUUUCUGAAAAAAAUAAUAAUAAUCACGAUUCACGAGAGAGAAGAAACACAACAAUACAAUACAGUGUAAUCUAUUUUCCUUGCAAAAUCAAAAUCUCAAAACAGAAAAAUUAAUCAACAUUACAUAAUCUAUUCUGCAUUAUAAAAUCUUCAUCCAAACAAAUCCUUAUAAUCCUCAUUCAGAUCUCGCCAUUGGUGCGGAAUCUGAAGGUUGAGGUAGAUCGUGUUGCAUUGUAGCCACCGUUGAAAAUGGAUCAGUUGUCGGCGAUCAGCGAGGAUCUGGCGGAGAUCGACGGACGCGUCGCCGACAAUUUCCGCGCUCUAUCAAAUGGAUUUCAGAAGCUGGAGAAGAUUAAGGAUUCGAGUAGACAGAGCCGGCAAUUGGAAGAUCUCACGGAGAAAAUGCGAGAGGCUAAAGGGCUUAUUAAAGAUUUCGAUAAAGAAGUCAAAGCCUUGGAGGAUCGUUUUGACAGUAAAACUACCAAAUUUUUGAAUGAGAAAAAGCAGUCAAUGAUCAAAGAGUUGAAUUCAUAUGUUGCUUUGAAGAAACAAUAUGCUUCAAAUAUUGAGAAUAAGCGAAUUGAACUCUUUGAGGGACCCAGUGAAGGUUACACAGAAGAAAAUGUCUUGCUAGCUUCCUCAAUGACAAAUGAACAGCUAAUGGAUCAAGGGAAUCGGAUGAUGGAUGACACAGAUCAAGCCAUUGAAAGGGGGAAAAGGAUUGUUCAAGACACAAUAAAUGUUGGUACUGAGACUGCAGCAGCUCUUAAGGCUCAGACGGAACAAAUGAGCAGAGUUGUCAAUGAGCUAGAUUCUAUCCAUUUCUCUAUAAAGAAAGCAUCUAAACUGGUCAAGGAAAUCGGUAGGCAGGUUGCUACUGACAAGUGUAUUAUGACAUUACUUUUCCUUAUCGUCAUUGGAGUAAUUGCUAUCAUUAUUGUGAAGCUUGUGCAUCCAGAAAACAAGGACAUUCGCGACAUUCCAGGAUUAGCUCCUCCGGUCAUGAACAAUAGAAGAUUGCUUUGGAAUCACAGUUGAUGAUUUAAAGUGAAGAUUGUGAUGAACUUAGACAAGUGACAAUUGCUUUGGGGACAUAAAAGGAUUAAAACGAACAUUGUGAGGAGCUCAUUUUGAUUUCGUGCUCUUUGGUUUGAUGGUGAUGACAAUGGACGCAGCUGUUGCUCGAAACAAAUGUUGCUAAUUUUCGUGUUGUUAUAUAAUAGUGGAUUGAUUGGUUGACCCGAAGUAUGAUAGAACAUUCAUCUAAGCUUGUACGUUUGAUUAUUUUUCAUGAACUGAACAAAUUUUGUUCCAGAUAUUUAUCUGUCGAAUCAUAGGGAAAGCUAAACAAAUGAGCCCUCUCAGAUUGUUUAUUGAUUGUAUUGUUGUCAAUCUUGUAAUAUACAACGGCUUUUAUUUAUUAUUUA